AAAAGGUAAUUGCAGUUAGCAAAUUUAUCUUAAAGGCUAUUUUAUAUCAGUGUAGCAAUUUGCAAGUUUGCAUUUACCAUUUUGUUAAUUAUAAUGAUAUGCGAUUUUGUUUUUCUAUAUUUUCUUUAAGAAUCUGUUUUCUUUUCCUAUUUUCUAUUUCAUUUGUAUGCCAGGAAGAUAAUUAUUUUUACUUUUGCAUAGCAAAGCAAAUCCGGGGUAUAGAUUUUAAACGGAUCGUCCCCUCUCCUCCGCUUCUCCUCGUCCCUCCUUUUAGCUCUUGUUGGGCAGGAGUUGAACAUUUUUUUCCCCUAGUUGCUGAACUCGUUUUCGGCUGCUCUGGAAUCUGAAUGGAAUCUUUAGAAUGGAAUCUGAAGACUUUUCCCCUCUUCCUUACUAUCUUCAAGUAUGGUCCUUUCCCCGCUUCCUCCUGAGCCUUGCUAAGCACCCUGACCUUCACUUCCCCAGCCACUAAAAGCUUUCCCAGUGCUAUUAUUUAGCUAGAGGUGCUAGAGAACGGGCGGAAGAGGCACGUGCUGCGUAGAAUUCCCCAGAAUCCCCUGCAGCCUCCGGGAAAGAUUACGGGCGCAGGAGGCUGUGGCGGUUUCGGUUCCAGGGCACAGGCCGAGCCGCUGUGGAUCAUGACUCCGGCCUCGUUUGCUUGUGUUCCCCUUUCAGCGUCCCUGGGCAGCGCCGCGGAGCGGGCGAGCUUCCGUAAAGUUUCGAACAAGAGUGUGCGGAGUGGCCGACACACCUAGCAGCCCCGUAAAAUGCAGCAGUUUCUACGGAGGAGCCAGGGCUUUGGAGCGGCGGGAGACUGCGGCUCGGAGGAAGCGGUGAGGGCUCAAGCCUGGAAAGGCGGAGACCUGCGCUCGGCGCUCUAGGAAAGUUCGAUCGGCUCCCGGGGGGCACCGGUGACCCCUGACGGUCCCGACGAGAUGUUGUCCCGAAAGAAAACUAAGAACGAAGUGUCCAAACCGGCCGAGGUGCAGGGGAAAUACGUCAAGAAGGAGACGUCGCCACUGCUGCGGAAUCUUAUGCCUUCAUUCAUCCGUCAUGGUCCAACGAUUCCAAGACGAACUGAUAUCUGUCUUCCAGAUUCAAGCACUCAUGCCUUUUCAGCUACUGGGGAUGGAGUGGUUUCCAGAAAUCAGAGUUUUCUUAGAACUCCAAUUCAGAGGCCACCUCAUGAAAUCAUGAGGAGAGAAAGCAACAGACUAUCUGCACCUUCCUACCUUGCAAGGAGUUUAGCAGAUGUCCCUCGGGAAUAUGGUUCCUCUUCUCAGGGUUUUUUAAUGGAGGCCAAUGCUGCUGUUGAAAAUGGUGACACUAGUUCCUCUUAUUAUUAUUUGGAUAAUUUUUUCAAUGGUCAGAGGAGGCAAUCGCCUGGAGAUCGUGUACAUGAAGACUACAGAUAUGAAUACAACAAUGAUCUCUUCCAAAGAAUUCCACACAGUCAGGGGAGGCAUGUGUCAGCCAUUGGGAAGGUUGUUGCUACAUCUUUAGGGAAUUUAAACCACAGUUCUGAAGAUGCACCCCUUCCUCCUGGCUGGUCUGUUGACUGGACUAUCAGAGGAAGAAAAUACUACAUAGAUCAUAACACAAACACAACUCAUUGGAGCCACCCUCUUGAGCGAGAGGGACUUCCUCCAGGAUGGGAACGAGUUGAGUCAUCAGUUGGAGUAUAUUAUGUAGAUCAUCAAAAUAAGAGAGCACAGUAUAGACAUCCAUGUGCUCCUAGUGUACCUCGGUAUGAUCAGCCUCCUCCUGUAACAUAUCAACCCCAACAAGCAGAAAGAAGCCAGUCCCUUCUGGUACCAGCAAAUCCAUACCAUUCAGCAGAAAUCCCUGACUGGCUUCAGGUUUAUGCUCGGGCUCCAAUGAAAUAUGACCAUAUUCUGAAAUGGGAACUCUUCCAGCUUGCUGACCUCGAUACAUACCAGGGAAUGCUAAAGCUGCUCUUCAUGAAAGAACUGGAACGUAUUGUUAAAUUGUAUGAAGCAUACAGAGAAGCUCUUCUCACAGAGUUAGAAAACCGCAAACAGAGACAGCAGUGGUAUGCCCAGCAACAUGGCAAAAAUUUUUAAGCUAAUUUUUAAUGAAAAUUUGUGAAGUUUUAUAAUGACUUUAAAAUAUUUUCACUUUUUUAAAAACUGUGUUUUGGCUAAGAAAAGCAGCUUUCAUUUUGUUGAUAUUGCACUAUUAAAUGUAAUUCUACAUGUAUUUUGUUUAUGGAAUAAAAGACUCCUUUUAUUAAAAAAAUAAAUUUAGCUUAUUCCCUUGAGAGCCAGGUAGUGUUGAGCUCACUUGAUACCAACAUUACCUUCUAUAAAUUGUAUUGUUUAGGAAACUGCCUUAUGAAUUUUAUAAGUGAAGACAUAUAUAAUGAGGAACACUGUCACUACCAAGCAACUAUAACUAAACACAAAAUCAUCAUUUGGUAGUCUCUUAGAGCUGAGAAGCACCUAUGUAAAAAUCGUUUGAUACAUACACAUUUGUGUGUGUUUGUGUAUGUGUGUACAUACACACGCAUACUUAGAUGUUUACAGCUUUUUUAUGUAUUAAACUGAAAUUAUAUGGAUAAUUCAAAUACUAUGUAAUAGGACAAAACAUGUCAAAAUGGGGGAAUCACUUAUAACUUUCAUAUAAUGAACAUUUCAUUUUUACUUUAAAAUCUUUAAGAAAGCUUUAUUUAAAGAUUUUUUCAGUUCACUUGCAAAAACAUUCUUUAGCAUUAGAGGGAGAGGGACCUUGGAUGAAUCUCAUAGUACUAAGUGUUCUGAGGUACAAGCUUACUUUUGGGAGACAGUGUGCAUAGGAAAGAGGACCUAAACAUGAAUCCUGUCUUUACAGUUUGCUACCUGUGUGACCUUGGACAUGUCAUUUGACUUCUCUGGACUUCAGUUCCACAUUUAUAAAGUGAUGGGCUUAAACUAGGUGAACUCUAAGGCUUUAUUUGACUCAUGGCUUUUAUCGAUCUUAGUACAAUGGUUGAGAAACACAGCUUAGCUUCAUGUAGUCGUUGUGGUCUUUUGUUAGAACACAGUAGACUGAUAUCCUGACAUGUUGACAGGUGGAUUUAAGCUGUCAAGCUAAAGAUCAGGGAUUCAGCAAGAAAAAUUUUUUCAAAAUGAUUUGACAUUUCCCCCUCUUGUAAGAGUUUUUCAUAAAGCUUUUAGGUUGUAUUAUUUUAGGUUGUAUAAUUCUUUUGAAUAAUUUUUAUUGGUUCCAUAAGUUGUCUAAAUGUUUAGUGCAAUACUUACAAGGAUUUCAUGUAACAUUUCCUUAUGAAUCCCAAGAAGUCAAUAAAUUUCAAAUUUUUGUUUUUUUCAGAGUAUGUUUUAUCACUUAUAUUUGCAUUUUUACCAGAGUGUUAGUGAGUCUGUACUGUUAUUAAAAUAUUGUUAAUUGUUACAGGUUUUUCAUUUUAUGGUAAGCUUCUUAAUUACAGUUUUAUGGAAUUUGAGUAUGUUUGCUUGACUUCAUGUUAUUUGAUUUAUUGGUAAAGCAAUAUGGAAAAAUAAUUGAAAUAAUCAGAAAUAUCACUGACAGAGUGAAGAUUAUGAUAUAUAGUAGAUAGUACAUACUAGACAUACAAACCUUAAAGUUCUCUCUCAUCCUAUAUGGUGGACAUAUUCUCUUUUUCCAGUAAAUUGUUCUAAUUAGGAUUAGAGCUUUUUUUUUUUUAAAAAGAAAUUAGGCAAUAUUAGAGUAUAAUUUGCUUUCCCUCAGGGGACACUUUUCUGUAAUAUGAAGUCUGAUCAAGAGUACUAAUGAUCAGUUCCUUUGGAAGUUUUAACUUGUGCCUUUCAACAUGUUUAUUCUAUAAGUCUGUAUUUAAACUUGCUGAUUAAAAAUAACAUUUUACUCUAGUUUAUCAAUUGAUCUUUAGAGAUAAAGGGAAGUGCCACAUUUCUUAAAAUCUCAAAGUACAUUUUUAACAAAAUUCAAUUUUUAUGAAAAUAUAGUGGUAUUUUACAAA